AUGAGAGUAGACAGAUGGUUUACCACCUUAUUCGAUACCUCGCUGCGUCGUACUUGCGGGUACGUUGGACCGACACCUUAUUGGGACUGGUCGCGCGACCAUGCCGACCUCUUUGUCGCGCCGGUCUUCGAGGACUCGCCGGAGCACGGGCUGGGCGGCACGGGGGACUGCGACUCCUUCCCAGAGGCUGACUGCACCGUCACCACCGGUGCGUUUGCUCGGGACUUUGAGCUUGCGUGGCCGAUCCCUCACCCGCUGCGGAGGAACCUGACGAUCCUCACCGGCUGGUAUGCCCAUGAGCUGCCCCAAAACAGCACCCUGGGCCCGGACUUUGUGCGCAACACGACCGAGCAGACCACGGGCGACUUUUUCAGGUUCCAGCAUGCAAUGGAACUUCUCCACAACCACGUACACAACUUCGUCGGAGGCGACAUGGGGGGUGACUGCCCGAGGGCCAUUCCGGACAAGGACUGCGACGGCGUAGCGGACACUUUCACGCCUAAUGAUCCGCUCUUUUGGCUGCACCACGCACAGCUGGACCGCUUGUGGAGUGAGGUACGCUUUCCCAUGACAUAUUGGCUCAGUCUUGUCUGA